UUUGGUCAUUUUUCAACAUUGUAUAAUUAAAAACUACUUUCGACAUUUCUUAUUUUAUUUAGAAAACCUUACCAGAGGCGGCCAUUUUGGAAUUUUCGUUAUUGUCGCUGGCUACACGCUGCUGAAAAAUAACUUCCGUUCAACGGGGAAGAGUGGUACAUGAACACAGCGUGGGGUUUGCUGAUAAAGUUUCUGGUCAAGAAAACGUUUAGUUUAGUGGAGAUUAAGGUUUACGCAUUCUGAGAUUUCUCCCAAUUCUUCUGAGGUAUAGCCCUUCAUAGCAUGGAGGACGUUGAGGUGGACCUGGAGGCACUCCGGCAGUGGAUCCGAUCAGCAGUGCUGGAGAACAGCGAAGUGAAACAGCGGCAAGCCAACAUUGCCCAGAUUGAGGAAUGGGUCCAUCAGAGGGACAAGGCGCUUACUCGUUCCCGUUUUCUUUUCAGCAGUGUGUUUGAGUCAUUGCUGGAGUGCGAGUCAGUGAUGAAGGGCCUCUACAACAUGCUGGGACUGGAGUAUCGAGACACAGAUUCUGAGGAUGAAGGUCCAGGCGGUAGCCAACAGAAUAAAGUCAUACAGAUAGCAGAUGCUGUCGUGGAUGAUGAGGAUCGUCACAGUACGAACAGCAAUGACAUCUUCAUGGAUUGGGAUGAACCUGACACAAAUCCUGCUGAUGUGACAAUGGAGCAGAAAAUGGACGACAUAUCAGAGGUUCUGGAGGAGUUCCCACAGGCUACUAAGAAAGAGGCACAGCGUCGGAAACAGUCUGUGAACACAGCUGACUUCACUCCAAGACACACGUUGCGAACAGACUCAAACAAAAUGCCAAGUCCACAAGCCCCUGCUUCUGCUCAAAGCACCCCUGUGGCCUCCCCACCCCAUGACAGCCCCACCUCGCCUUUGCCAACCCCCACCCCCGGAAACCCAUCGGCCAAAACCAGAUCUUCUUCCAACGUCUUGGAAGUGUCUACUGCCAGUCUCAUUACAUCAAAGCUGAAAAACAACAUGUCGAGGUCAGACAGUCCUCAAACACCCACGUUGAGUGCUGCCAGUCAAGGGCCCAGCAAAACCAGCACAGCUUCAACACCCAGCACCACCACUAAAACACAGGUGUCCAGUUCUGUCCCUGCGUCAGCAAACUCUACACCUGAAACCUCCAGCAAAGCUCUCCCCAGCAGGACGGCCAAACAGAUGUCCAUCAAAAGCUUCGCCAAAGCAACCCACAAAGCGGCCCCCACAGCAACCCCCAAAGCGACCCCCACAGCAACCUCCACAGCAACCCCCAAAGCGACCCCCACAGCAACCUCCACAGCAACCCCAAAGCGACCCCCACAGCAACCCCCAAAGCGACCCCCACAGCAACCCCCAAACAACCCCCAAAGCGACCCCCACACAACCCGCACAGGGACCCCCAAAGGGACCCCCACAGCGACCCCCAAAACGACCCCCAAAGCAACCCCUAAAGCAACCCCCAAAGCUAGCACUAAAAUGCCGGCAUCCACUGCAAGGCUUUCAAAUUCCAAAUCUGACCCGAAACACCUCGGUAGUAAAGCGCCCACGACGGUGAGCACCCCUUCCAAAUCACAAUCAUCCAACUCUUCUGCUACUCCGGAUCCUAAAAUGGACACCUCAAAUGAAACUCCAGCUCCCACUGAAACGUGCAGUUCCAGCAUCACCAAAACACUCACAUCCUCCCCUACCACCAUUGCAGCUGGAAAGCCCAGCACGACCAAGGAAACUGCCAACACAAGCGGCACGGCGUCUAAAUCUCAGACGUCUCUCUCUCAGACUUCUCAGUCCACACCCACCAACCAACAACAGCAGCCGCAGAAUUCUGCUAAUCCAGCUCAGCUGGCCAAACCGCAAGGAUCAAGCUACCAACCACUAACUGUUAGCCAGGUUUGGGGAAGAGCUGGAAAGCCCAGCAUGACCAAGGAAACUGCCAACACAAGCGGCACGGCGUCUAAAUCUCAGACGUCUCUCUCUCAGACUUCUCAGUCCACACCCACCAACCAACAACAGCAGCCGCAGAAUUCUGCUAAUCCAGCUCAGCUGGCCAAACCGCAAGGAUCAAGCUACCAACCACUAACUGUUAGCCAGGUUUGGGGAAGAGCUGGAAAGCCCAGCACGACCAAGGAAACUGCCAACACAAGCGGCACGGCGUCUAAAUCUCAGACGUCUCUCUCUCAGACUUCUCAGUCCACACCCACCAACCAACAACAGCAGCCGCAGAAUUCUGCUAAUCCAGCUCAGCUGGCCAAACCGCAAGGAUCAAGCUACCAACCACUAACUGUUAGCCAGGUUUGGGGAAGAGGGCCAGGUAGCAAGCAGAAGCCCCCCCAGCCAGUGAAGGAGCUGAGCGUGAACAUGUCUGUGCUGGGUAGGCGGAGGACUAAGACCUGGCACGAGGGCACCCUCACAGAGAUCAGAUCCAUAGAUGGUGUUAAUAAGUACAAGGUAAACUUUGAACAAAAAGGCAAGGGGUUGCUGUCGGGGCACCACGUGGCAUUUCUCAAUCCGCCGUUGCUGGCCCAGCUCAGUGUUGGCUCCCGUGUGACGGCCCGAUUCCACGAGGGGAAGCAGUCCUGGAUCCUGUCAGCUGUUAUAGCAGAGCUUCCUGACCGCAAGAAUCGCAUGAGGUUCCUGGUGUUCUACGAUGACGGUAAUGUUGCUUACGUAACCCUUCCGGAUAUGCACCUCAUCUACAAGCCAUUGGAGAAUCCGUAUGAGGACAUCGAGGAUGAUGAGGUGCGGCAGAUUGUGGAGCAGUUUGUGGCGCAGAACUACACCCCAACCAUCCUGGUGCUGCACGUGGGGGAGGAGAUGCAGGUCCUGCGCGAGGGACAGUGGCAUCAGUCGCGCAUCACCUGCGUCGAUUGCAGCCUGGUGAAAGUCACAUUUACGGAAGAUGAGCACUCGGAGUGGCUCUACAAAGGUUCUGAGCGCUUGCAGUAUGUUUUCAGAAUCAGGAAGAACGCAUCUGAGGCAAAAGAGAAAGAGAAAGAGAAAGGGACACAAUCCACUGGCGGACUUCCUCUGAAACCUCAGAUUUCCUCAACUCUCUCCAAGACGACAGGACCUGUCCAGAAAGUGCCACCAAAAAUGCAACCUAAAGUUGUCCUGCAGAAAAUGUCUGUAACAGAAAUUAGGGCAGUGAAAUCUUCACGUAAUAGUACAUUGGCUCCUGUCUCAGCAAUGGUACCUUCUCCUCCACCUGCUGCCGUUUCUCCUCCAUCUGCUGCUGUUCCUCCUCCACCUGCUGCGGUUCCUCCUCCACCUUCCCCUCAGCAGGGGAUAAAACGGCCACUGCCCUCCCCUGAACUGGACUCCCCCGUCAUUCCUUGUGGUCUACUGACGUACAACCCCCACCGCUGCUGCCCAGCGUGUUUGGAUGCCCAUCGCGCGUCACAACCAAAUCUUCAUUGUGGACGCAACCCACUCCUGAUCCCUCUGCUUCAUGGCUUCCGCAGGGUCACAGGGCGUCGUCGUAUCGACAAUAAGGUGUUGUUCCACGUGUUUUACCGCUCACCAUGCGGACGCAGCCUCCGGUCUAUGGGGUAUGUGCAGGACUUCCUGUUCCAGACACGCUGCGACUUCCUGUUCCUGGACAUGUUCUGUCUGGACCCGUUCGUGUUGGUGAAACGUGCCAUCCAGCCGGGGCAGCCUCUGGCGUGCUUCUCGCUACCGGACAUCUCCCAGGGGAGCGAGCCCGUGCCCAUCCCUUGCCUCAAUCAGGUGGAUGCCACCCAGCUGCCACCUGUCGAGUACAUUGCCAAAAGGAGGCCAGCCAAAGGCGUGUACAUCAACACCAAGACAGACUUCCUAGUUGGCUGUGACUGCACUGAUGGCUGUCUGGACAGGUCAAAGUGCUCGUGUCACCAGCUGACAGUUGAGGCCACAGCACUGAGCUCAGGAGGGCCUGUGGAUGUAAGUGCUGGCUAUAUUCACAAGCGGCUACUCACACCUCUAUCCACCGGGGUGCAUGAGUGUAACCCGCUGUGCCGCUGUGACCCGCGGAUGUGCUGCAACCGGGUGGUGCAGCACGGCCCCCAGCUCCGCCUGCAGCUGUUCAUGACGCAGCACAAGGGCUGGGGCAUGCGGUGCCUGGACGACGUGGCCAAAGGCACCUUUGUGUGUACCUUCGUAGGUCAAGUAGUGACAGAUGACAUGGCGAAUGCUGAGGGUAAGGUAUCUGGGGAUGAGUACUUUGCUAACCUGGACUACAUAGAGGGUGUGGAGAAGGUGAAGGAGGGCUAUGAGAGCAGCGCUCACUGUUCGGAUGGCGAGGACGCCAGCAGCGAGGAGUGCAGGAACCCCAAACCUAAUUUAGCAAGUCACAGCAGUGAAGAUGAUGACUACGAUGAUGAUGAUGAUGAUGAUGAUAAUGAUCAUGAUCAUGAUGAGGAUAGCGAUGUAAGCCUUCACGCCAGUUCUGAUGACAGUUAUGUGGCUGAUGAUUCAGAUGAUGACAUAACCCUGCAAAGAAGCUAUAUAACCCGACGAAAUGCCAAGAUUCUGAAGGUCUCUGUCGGACUGACCAGUCCAGGUCGUCCCCGGCCUGGUUUUGCUGUCAAGUCCACCCACCGGAAGGUGAAGUAUGGCGGUGAAACCAGCAGGUCAGGCAACAGGAAGGACUCACCUCUUCGGAGUGCUACCCGGAGGCUCUUUGAUGGGGAGGAGUCCUGUUACAUUAUCGAUGCGCGACAGCAGGGCAACCUUGGACGCUACCUCAAUCAUAGCUGUGAUCCCAACCUGUUUGUUCAGAACGUGUUUGUGGACACACAUGACCUCCGGUUCCCUUGGGUUGCUUUCUUCACCAGCAAGCGUGUCAGAGCUGGAUCAGAACUAACAUGGGACUAUAAUUAUGACGUGGGGAGCGUGGAGGGGAAACUGCUUCUGUGUUGCUGUGGCUCCGACCGAUGCACAGGACGGUUGCUGUAGAAAUGUUACUUUUUUAUGGUUUUAUAAAUAAUCUCUUGUUGUAUUUAUGUAUGUCAUUUACACCUGAUUUCAUUUGACUUGUGAAUAAAAAAAAUGAUCCUUA